GUAGUUUUCACCAACGUCCUCUCUGUGGAUACUUGUACGAGUUGCAAGUAUCUUUCACAUUCAUACGUCUUAUACAGAAAGUCUGAAAGAUGUCCGGCAGAGGCAAAGGAGGCAAAGGUCUUGGAAAAGGAGGCGCAAAGCGCCAUCGCAAAGUUCUUCGUGAUAAUAUCCAGGGUAUCACCAAGCCUGCAAUUAGGCGUCUGGCUCGACGUGGUGGUGUGAAGCGUAUCUCUGGUCUCAUCUAUGAGGAGACCCGUGGUGUGUUGAAGGUUUUCCUGGAGAACGUGAUUCGUGAUGCCGUUACCUACACCGAGCACGCCAAGAGAAAGACCGUGACUGCUAUGGACGUCGUCUAUGCUCUUAAACGCCAAGGGCGUACUCUUUACGGUUUUGGUGGUUAAGGAUAAGAUGGCUCCCUAGACUUACCGGUAUACCCAAAGGCUCUUUUAAGAGCCACCCAAUUUCUUAUAAAAGGCUGUGUUUCUGUCUGUAGAGGGUGACUUAUAUUAUAACGCGCAAAAUAAACAGCUUCUGUGCUUGCCUGAUGGCAAUA